UCUCUACUUGUCAAUGUCACGCAAGCAAUCAAGUAUGGCGGAAAAGAAACAAUGGACACAUUUUGCAGCCAAAAUGUCAGCAAAGCGACAGCGUACGACAACUGCGAAGAAGAAAGGUGGUGAAACUGUGAAAGAAGAGAUAAUCGUCCAAAGAAUGAGCUCAAAUGUUAGCGGCAAAGCACAGAAAUACAACAGAAUCGGGCCAAGAGAGUUUGUCCCAUUCGAAAAGUAUGACAGCGAGCUAACCCUGCGAAAUAUUAUGGAUGCUUGCAAAACGCACUUUGCAAAGCGCGUAGACAAGGACAUGAUAUGUGAUGUUCUGGCUGGGGAACAGGGCCCUUCUUGCCGUAAAGUCGAGCAUAUUCCAGAUUUAAAAGUCAUCCAUGUGCGAUUUGUAAAACUCUGUGAUCUUGUCGUGGAUGAAGCACAAGAAGAAAGCACAUUCAAUGAUACAAACGAAGUCGAUGAUGACUUUUGAACAACACCAACAUUAUUUGCGUUGAACUCUGAGGUGAGCAUAUAAAACAACGCAGCAAAUGAGUGUUUGUUGUCAUAUAGGAUAAUAUAAAGUUGUCCGGCAUUAGACAGAAUAAAUGGGCUAUAUUCCAUUUAAUAUCUGUACCCCCCCCCCCGCACACACACACCAAGGAUACAUGAUUUAUAUAGUUCUCCCCCCCCAGAAGAAUUCCAAUCUCAAAACCUUUUACUGUGAAGAAUUCCAACCAGGCACAGAUUUUCUGGAGGGAGGGGGGAUAACCGUGAAGAAAUCCACAUCUAUAUUAUUGGUGCCCCUGAAUGAUUAAUGAUUAUAUGGAUACCCCAAAGAAUUGCUGGUAGGGGGAUACAUAUAUUAAAUGGAAUAGCCUUAAAUGCUAAAGUAGGGUGCAUUUGGGUGCACUGCCAGCUAAUGGAUUAAUGUAAUUAAGAAUUGCACAUGACAUGUGGUUGGCAAAAUAUAUAAUACUGUGAGUGCAUGUGCAGCACGGUUGUAUUAUGAAUAUUUUGCCAAACACAAGUGUAUAAACAACAACCACAAGUAGUGGAUAGAAAGUGCAAGUAAAUCAAGCUUAAAAAUUAGUAAUACUUAUAAGCUUUUCCCGAGGUGGAGGUAUGGGUUUGCAAAUAAAUUUAACGUUCACAAAUUAACAUAAUUUAUGGCGGUAUUUAUUUUUCUAGCAGUGUUCCAAGAAGUCAAGGGUUGAAGCCAGGUGUUCUUCAAGUCCUACAAAACAUCAUUCCUUCUCGGGUAUAAAGAACAAACCAACCACAAGCAAAGCCUACCCAAAAAGUAUUUCUGUCAUUGAUAUGCUUAAUCUAGGAAAGGUGAUUUCCAAAAGUUCAACAAUCACUGCAACUCUUCACAUGUUUGAUUUGUCAGCAAUGGAAUGGACUCAACUACCAUCACCAGUUGCAUUCCGUGUUGAUGAUGAGCCAUUUGGGAGUGGAGGUUUCAGACAAGCUUAUAAAGCUAAGAGUACGACACCAGGUUUUAGCAGUCAAACAUGGGUGGUGAAAAAGUUUCUUCCUGAAGCCAUCAUGGGAAUUGAAGCAUUGGGGCAAACAAUUGAAGGUCAAACAAGAAAGGCAGUUCAAAUGCAUAGUAUUGCCCUAAACUUUGCAUUGCAGCUAAAGGAAAAGAUUUGUAAAGAGAAGCUGAAAGAGUUUGGGCCCACAUUUGAGUACAAAAAUGUUUACAUGGGUAAAAUUGAUGGUGGUGGAUGUGUCACCAUUGAAGAAUAUAUAGAUGGUGAUUUUAUAAAGUACAUUAACAAUAAUGGCGAUUUGUGUGAAGAGAGCAGUGUGAUGGUAGAAAAGGCUGAAUGUUAUGCGCACUUCACAUAUGAGAAAUCUGAAGGUAAACUUAUUGUUCUUGACCUUCAGGGCUCGAAGUACACCCUUUAUGACCCAGAAAUUUCUUCCUCUGAGCUUCACGAUGAUGAUGGCAAAAUGCAGUUCUGCAAUGGAAAUUUGGCAGCACAGGCAAUGGAAAAUUUCUUUUCAAAUCAUAACUGUAACUUUUAUUGUAAAUUACUUAAGUUACGAUUACGUCCAAAUGUAGGGGAUAGACAAU